GAAGAUAAAAAGUUUGGGAACCACUGGUCUAGAGUGCCGCAGUAGGAAACAAAAUUUAAGCUUCAGGUGUUUAGAGAGAGUAUUUGAGGUCAAUCUAAUGCACAUAUUUUUUUUCAUUUUUAUCGUGAAAGAUUAAAAGUAAGUCCUGUGACUUCCCUUGCACUGCGAGUAAUAAACUGCAACCCUAUCUGUUUAAAAAUUGUGUUGUGUUGUUAUUUUGUAUUUUCACCCAUAACCUUCAGCUGCAACAAAUAUAUUGAAGGGUUCAUGAGCACAAUGGGGUUCACCUUUUCACUGAUAUUUUAAAAAAGUAAAGUAAUUAAAGUAAACUUAAAGURAUUUAUUUCUGUUAGAAGACAGUAAACUAAUGGUGCUCAGCAAUUAACAACUCAAUCCCAAUGGAUUUCACUGCAUUCUAGGCACUUACAAUACUAUACAGUAGAUGGCUGAGAUACAAACUAGGUGAAAAUUAAAACUGUAAUACUGAAUCUAUCAAAACUUUUCUUGUGCAAGUCAACCAUAUUCGAUUUUGAGGCCAGGACUGGUUUGGAAUCUCUGACUUUUCCAGCUGGACUGACUUCUAAGGAAACAUUUAGACUUUUCUUUCUUAGCAGUUUGACUUUGAUCUGGAAACAAAACGUUGAAUGUCUCAGCAUUCAAGCUUUAAUUAUGAAACUCAAAAAUAAAAUAAAAAAAUAUCUUCCUACCUAAUUUGUUUCUUCUGAAUGGGCCUAAUACAGUGGCAAUAUUAAUAUCCAGGGGAAAAAAAACAUGAAAAGAUACAUCGAAGAAAUCAUAACACGUAAAAUAAAAUGACAGUGAGUCUUUUUUUAAACUUUGAAAGUUACUGCAAAAGCUAUUUGACAACUUAGUUAAGAAAUGAAGGCAAAAAAGUGUGCCAGUGUUGCUCAGUGUGCUAAGAGAAACCUGUCUUAAAGCUUAAAAUGCAAAAUAAAAUAAAAAAAACUUAAAAACAGAGGAGAAAAGUCAAAAUGAGAUGUUAACCCAGAGUUUCUCUUGUAACAAUGUGGUCUUUAAGUAGAGCUGAAACAGUUUUGUGCUCUUCAAAGCCUUCUGUCCCCUAGCUCCUCCCUCUCUGCACCGUGUGACAACAACAACUCAUCCACAGAGCGGAGCUGCACUUUUCAGCUCAUUUUCCUCCUGUCAUUCCUCCUAUCUUUGAUCAUUGUCCCGCUGCCCCCCUCCCCUCCUAAAAAAUACCCCUCAACUCAGCACGCCUUUUUUUUUUAUUCGGUAGCUCUUUUUUUAAACUUCCCAACUUAACUGAGGAGCUAAACUCUGAAGGAUUCUUUUCAUUUAGCAGGCUGGGUUUUCUACUUUGAACUUCGGCUCCUCUCUUCCCCCUCCUCUCGCAGGUUGACCAUGGCCGUACCGGCUGCUCUCAUCCCACCGAGCCCUCUCGUCCCGCCGCCUCCGAUCUCCACUCCCUCCGCCACCACGUCCCCGCCGUCGACAACUUCAUCCCCGUCCCCGACCCUGGCUCCCCCGUCGGGUCCCGGACAGAGCCUGUUCCGCUCAGAGCUCCUGGCCAGCGCMAGCGCCGGCGGCAGUCCGGGCAUCCCGACCCCGAGCGCGGCUCUCCCCCCCGGCAAGCCGGUCUACUCGACCCCGUCGCCCGUCGAGAACAUCCCGCAGAACAACGAGUGUAAGAUGGUGGAGCUGCGCGGCGCCAAGGUGGCGUCGUUCACCGUGGACGGCUGCGAGCUCAUCUGCCUCCCCCAGGCUUUCGACCUGUUCCUGAAGCACCUGGUCGGCGGGCUGCACACGGUCUACACCAAGCUCAAGCGGCUGGAGAUCACGCCGGUCGUGUGCAACGUGGAGCAGGUCCGCAUCCUCAGGGGGCUCGGCGCCAUCCAGCCCGGGGUGAACCGCUGCAARCUCAUCUCCAGGAAGGACUUCGAGACGCUGUACAACGACUGCACCAACGCGAGCUCYAGACCCGGACGGCCUCCAAAGAGAACCCAGAGUGUGACAUCGCCGGAGAACCCCCACAUUAUGCCCCACUCAGUCCCUGGACUCAUGUCUCCUGGUAUGAUUCCUCCCACAGGCCUGACAGCAGCCGCGGCAGCAGCUGCCAACGCAGCCAUCGCAGAGGCCAUGAAGGUCAAGAAGAUCAAACUGGAGGCGAUGAGCGGCUACCACAGCAGCGCCAACCACCACGGAGCUGAUGGAGAGAACGGAGACCUCAGCUCCAGCGUCGGUAAAAAGAUGCACUUUUGCACGCGGUCACAAACACUUGGCCUGGAACUCCCCUUCAUGAUGAUGCCACACCCCCUGAUCCCAGUCAGCCUUCCCCCUGCCUCUGUCACCAUGGCGAUGAGCCAGAUGAACCACCUCAGCACCAUCGCAAACAUGGCUGCUGCCGCACAGGGUCAGAGUCUGCCCUCCAGAAUGGUCACCUCUGUUAUAAAGGGGUUGCAGGAACGUGUGCCGGACAGUCCCUCCCCUGCUCCCUCCUUAGAAGACCACAGGAGGCCUGGCAGUCACCCGUCAUCCCACCGCAGCAGCAGUGUGUCCAGCUCCCCGGCCCACACAGAAAGCUCCUCAGACAGGAUACCACACCACAAYGGCCUGUCGAUGAACCAAGCCCUGCUAGGCCUGUCUCCAAACAUUGUACCUGGUCCUAAAGAGGGAGACCUGGCCCACGACAUGAGCCAUGAAGCAAAGAGGAUGCAUGCCGACAAAGAGGACAACCCGAUGUGCACCCCGACAGCAAGAGACAGCUACGAGAGGUUGUCGUUGGCCGGACAGGCUCUCCCUCCUGGUUUCCCGUCGCCAUUCCUCUUCCCAGAUGGUCUGUCAUCAAUAGAGACUCUCCUCACUAACAUACAGGGCCUGCUCAAAGUGGCGAUCGACAACGCACGGGCUCAGGAGAAGCAGGUGCAGCUGGAGAAGACGGAGCUGAAGAUGGAGCUGUUCAGAGAGAGGGAGCUCAGGGAGACGCUGGAGAAGCAGCUCGCCAUGGAGCAGAAGAACAGAGCAAUUAUCCAGAAGCGUCUGAAGAAGGAGAAAAAGGCCAAGAGGAAACUUCAAGAAGCUCUGGAGUACGAAUCCAAACGGAGGGAGCAGGCUGAGCAGACUCUGAAGCAGCCGUCGCCCUCUGACAGCAUGCGUUCCCUCAACGGUCAGAUGAGCUACAACUCCCUGACCCCUGAGAUGGAGAGUGACCGCAGCAGUGGAAGAACAGAUGCUGAAAGGACAAUACAAGAUGGAAGACUGUUCCUGAAAACUACAGUGAUGUACUGAUAAGGCUGCGAGGAGCUGGAGGAAAACAAAAACGAUAAAAAAAAGGACAGAAAGGAAAACCCAUGAAGUUUCUGAGGAGGCCUCAGCCAGGCUGAUUUAGCUGAAGAGAAGUCAAGCUGCUUGUAGGUGGAAAUGCUGGAGGAGUCCGAAUGUAGAAUAAGUCUUUUUUUAAUCACGCAGGCCAACAUAAAACAUUUUGACAAAACAGGUUUAGACGUGACAUGUUGGCCGACGUGACGGAUAAACAUAAAAAACGAGCACAGUAAAAAAAAAACAAAAAGGAUAUGUACCCAAGGUGCAUUGUUGGUAAUAACUCCUGAAAAUCACAGCACUGAAGAUUUUUUUAUACUGUAUCUCAGCCAGCGAGAAAGCUUUGAAAUAGAAAUUCGACUGAAGUUUUGUUUUGUAUUUCAAAAUAAAUUCCGGGGGGGAUGACGUGUGGAGAUGAACCUCAUGCUGGUCAUCAAAAAAAAAAAAAAAGACAAAAGACUGAUGUUUGAUUUUCAUGUUUUCUAAAUUAGAUGAGAAUACAAUCAAGUUUCAUUUUUACCAUUGUUGUACAUACAAGAGGUAAUUGAUAGAAAAAGUCACUCCGUCGACUCUGAGCGGACUGAAAAGGUAUGUGUAUAUAAAGUUCAAAGGUAUUGUGGAUGCGGUAGAGCUAUUAGGCAACCAAUACCACCAUUUAUAUAAACCUCCUGUUUUGUUUUGUUCUAUCUCUGAGCCAUCAUUCUUUCCUAUAGCUGCCAUUUUGGUGAGAAAGCAUGCAGGCAUGUAAAUGUUUGUCCUGGAAUUAUAAUAUUUAAUAAAUUCUAUAUUGUGCUGAACAAAUACUAGGGUUGGCUCACUCAAGCCCAGAUGAUUUUGAAACGAUAAUCAGCAAUGUUUCACUUUGAAAAUAAGGACUUUUUUUGGCUGUUGAUAGUACUGUAAUCUUUGUAUAGGAGGGAAUAUUUCUUGGAUUUUACUGUACCUUUAUUAGUCAUGAGACACAGAAUUCAGCAUCUGUCAUUAUUUUUUUACACGUCAGUCUACUUAUUAUCAGCUUGAGAAACAAUCAGACAAGAUGCAACUUUUAAAACAUUUAAUUAUAAUGUGUUAACCUAUACAGAUACACUUGUUUUUGUUCUCGAGUGUUUCAUGAUAAAAAAGUAACUUUCCUUUUAUUUGACUUUUUCCUAAAGACUGUUGAAUUGUGGUGCUGAAACACCUGUGUAUAUUCUCUAGUCAUAAGCUGAUGUCAGUCCUUUAACUGCAAAACAAUUUUGACCUUAUGUGUUAACAAUCAAGAAGAAGAGGAUGGGUCGGAGUCGGUGGAGGCCUGUGUCCAGGAUGUGUUUGUUCCUUUUGUUCUUAAUGGAGUGUCUAGGUCUGUUGUCACUGAUAACUUAUAUAGCUUCUCAAAUCAUCUCUUCAUUGUACUUCAAAUUCAAAUAAAGUUAACAUGUUGAUGAUAAACCA